AAAAGCCAACCACAGACCCCCCCCCCACACCCCACACCAAUCCCAACCCAGUAUCAGUUCUCUAUUGGCGCUUUUGACCAUUUCUUUCUAUUGACAAUACAAGUGGAUCAGAACACGCCAGUGGUUCAACCCCAUUGACGUUGUACUGGAUGCAGAUCAGGCAUGUCUAGUCGGAGGACGCUGGAUUCGACAUCACCGACAGCGAAUUUUGAAGCCAUGACGCCGAGCAGCAAUGAUCACAAGAGGACAUUCCUGAACCUACAGACCCAGAGAAAGCUGCAUGCUCUAAUGGUGAAGCCACAACCUCAGAGCCCAGCACCCACAGACACCCAGAUUCCAUUCUCGGGAAGAGGAAACACUGCGAGCACAACCAGCGAAUACCUGAACUUCCUGAGGGAGACCGAGGCCUCAUACCUGGAGACACUUGAGGCCCAGCGUCAGUAGCAGGAUCAGCACUUCAAUCAACUGUGUGAAGAUGAGACAGAAGCCAGAGAGCAGGCGUUCUUAAUGUUUUGUAUGCUCAGUGUAUACUUGUUGGGGUGGGAUUGGUAUGGGGUGUGGGUCCGUGGUUGGCUUUUGUCCAUUCGUUUGGAUUCCUGAUGUCUAACUCAUUGUUAGAAUUUUUUUUGGUUCAAAUAUGAUUUUAGGUACUAUAUUUAUUCAAUAUUAUAUGAAUCCUAUAAAUUGGAUUGGAUGCAAUCAAUCAGCUUACAUUUCCAGAGAUCAAAUUAUGUUUCAACAAAGUAUUGCUGCAGGAAUGCUAAUCCUAUCUGUUUCUAACAGCAGAAACAAUUUCAGAACAAUCUGAGAUGGUGGGUGUCGAAAUCCACUUUCUUGUGCUUUUUUGUGGUGUAACUGUAACUGUAAGGUCUGUUUCCAUCUCACACUCUCCAACACAUACAGUAGAUCCCCUGAACACUGCUCACUUUCCAGCUCACACACUCAAACACAUAGAUCCCCUGAACGCAGCUUACUCUCCAGAUCCCAAUCACCAGAAGUCUUAUCACCUGUUCACACACCUGUAUGUCAUUUACACACACUAUUUAGUUCAGUUCUUUGCACCCCAUCAUGUGAGGUAUUGUUUGUGUUGAUACACAGUCUAGUCAGAGCGCUGGUUAGUUCCAUAGUAGUCCUCCCGUGUAUUGUAGUUUUUGGCCAUCCUCACUAACAAUGCUCAAUAUUAUUAUUUUUUGCCUAAUCCCUGCCUGUACUUUUGCCUAUCAGAUUUCCUGUCAUCAAUCUCUUGCCUGAUCUCCCAGACUACGUUGUUAACCUUUUCCCUGAGUGUACUGUUACCUUGUUGGAGUCCCUGUGUAUGACCUUCUGCCUGCCCCAGGACCCAGCUACCUGCCUUCUCCUGUGGUCCUUUACUAAUAAACACCUGUUGCGCCCUGCGCUUGAAACCAGCCCUCUGUCUCCCAUCGUACUCAUUACAGUAACGACCCUGCAGGCUCUGCGUGGUCUGCAGUUAGGAGGUAUGUUAGGUGUACAACACUAUGAAAAUGUGUAAGUGUUAUUUUUUCCAAAACAUUUCCAAAGUAUGUAUAGUCAAUAUGUAAAUAUGCCAAUCCUGUCAGUGAAAUUCACUGUCUUACCAACCUCUUGUCGAAUGCACUGACUCUCAUAUAUUCCAUUUCUGGGAUAUUUCAUGUAUUUUGUUUUGUUUUUAGUCAUCAGGUCAUUAUAUAACACAUUUCAGUUGGCUGCUAAGGAAAGGAAGUGGAAGUAGAUGUGGUUUGUUUCAAAAAAGUGACACAAGUGCACACGCAUGCCCACCCACGCAGUUGAAAAAUGCAUUGCUUUGAUCAAUUUUCAAAUAGAAUAUUGAUUUAAAUAUGGAUAUACAAUGUUAAUAUGAUCUAUUCAUUUUAAAUAAUGUAUGUCAUAACGUAUAGCAAGAAACUAUGUAUUCCUGAGGACUGUAUUGGAAGUAGUAUGUUAUAUGCUGCAGGUCAGCCCGUGCAUGAGAUCUCAUACCCAUGUGACCGAGUUCUCAUACCCAUGUGACUGAGUUCUCAUACCCAGGCGACCGAGUUCUCAUACCCAGGCGACCGUUUUACGUCUACCCUGACUGUUUUUUCAUGAUGACGUUAACUGUAAGCAACACUGUGACUGCUAGUUCUAUCUGCUUAGUUGUCAUCAGAUAAAGAGCUGCCUUUUUGAUGGGAAUAAACUAACAAUAUGUCUAGUCAUCUAGUCAAGACAAAAUCUUCUUUGUAUCUAUUGUGAUCUGGCCCCGAUCUGUCCGUCUAUCUAACAUACUAUAUAUGAUUAGUUCUCUGGGACGGAGAAAUAAAUGUCAGAGGCCACUACUGAUGUCAUUCAGUAAGGUGAAGUGCUCUAAGGAGAAGUGAGACUAAAAGGUGGACAGUGGGAUUUUCACUGACGAAUCCGGUAAAUUCUUCUGCUGCAUGGUUUGACCUAUUUCAAUUGUUCUCUUCUUCUGCCAAAAACUCCAGAUACAAUUAUUAGGGUUAUACUUGUGAAAAGGCAAGAGUUUAUAUUGGUAAAAAAACAAAACAGCAGCAGUUCCACUAUCAUGGGACAUGGAAGCAAAAAACCUAAUGAAAGUAUCACUUCCACCUGACAAAUGUGUUUGAAAAAUUAAACAAAAGGUCCUUGUUCUUUACUUGAGCCCACAGAGUGAAGGUAAAAAAUUUGCUUAUCGGUUGUUUAAUUUUCCACGUUACAUUUGCAUACCCUGGCCUUAAUAUCGGUAAGCAAUGACCUGUGCAGGUUUCUGAAUGCAUAGUCAGUCAGCUGCAUUGCACUGGUGUGAACAAGCUAGCGUCAUCCACUACUUCCUCUAUUUCUGCGGUUAGAGGCCAACGAAACGGGUGACGCUACACACACUAACAUCACAGUAGCCAUCGCUCGUAUAAAGGAGGGUGUUUGGAGGACCGUCAAAACAGACACAAUUUGACAGCUAGCAGAGAACUCCAACACUGAGUAAUACAUACAAAGAUCCCAAUGAUCGUGUUCCCCCAAACAUGCUUAUCUUAGUCACAUCACCAUCAAGGGAACUGCAUCCACUCAACAUUGACAUGGAGGACAACAGAAGAAAGCAGACAAAGGGAUGCGACUUGAGGUCCCGACUACAACGCAGAUCUUCCCAUGCCCCUAACACUGAACGACUUAGUACUGAGGAAAUUAUCCUGUGGUCCCAGUCUUUGGAGAGACUUCUCACAUCAAAAUACGGCAUGGCAACAUUUCAGGCCUUUCUGAAAUCCGAGUUCAGCGAUGAGAACAUUGAAUUCUGGCUGAUCUGUGAAGACUACAAGAAGAUUAAGACCUCCUUCAGGCUGUCCUCCAGGGCCAAGAAGAUCUACAAGACAUACAUUGAAGCUGAGGCUCCGAAAGAGAUCAACAUUGACCACAAGACCAGAGAUCUCAUCGGGCAGAAUGUAAAGACGCCCUCCACAGUUUGCUUCGACGAGGCCCAGAGGAUUGUCUACAGCCUGAUGGAGAAAGACUCCUACCCCAGGUUCCUCAGAUCCAACAUCUACAGGACCCUAUUGGACUCCGCAUCGGAGUACACGAAGAUGUGAAUGAAUACCGAUGAUAGAAAUUGAACUGAGGCUUCCAACAAUGGACUGUAAUGUUUCACAGCCAGGGAGCUUCUACAAACAGGAUUCAUAAGAAGAUGCUUCCGAGUGUGAAUUAUACUGGGUACAGAUGUAUGAGGCCUAAGGGAAUGCUGGGAGGAACAUACAGAAGUGACUGUGCUGGCCUUGUUGUGUUUAGUCUAUGUACUUUCACUUGAAAGAGGAACAUACGUCACAUAGAAGGGGACUAAAGAGAUCAUAGAAAUAUAAUGUUGAUUAUAUUUCUACGACAGAGACAUGGUGGUGUCAGGGGAUUACCUUGCAUGGCAUGUUAUUGUUAGGGACUUUCUGUGUCAAAGUUCCGGGGAUGUUUACUAUGUAGGAUCUAAACAGUCAGGGCUGUGACUGUAUGAGAAGGUAUCUGCAGUUGCACAUCAUCUGCAGGUCAUCAGUUGAGUUAUUUUUAUAAGGCAUUUGAUAAGAUAAUCUACUAAAGUUGACUUUUUGAAAAACGCGACAAUUUUAGAAUGGGUAAUUUUGUUUACUUUAACACAAUGAGGCAUGUUUGUGAUGUAAGCUUUGAAAAAUAACAUUUUGGAGAAUUGAUUUUGUGAAGAAAUUACUGAAUGUAAAAAAUGCUGUUGUUACACUGGACAUUUGUAAAAAAAUAUAUAUAUAUAAGAUUUCUAUAGAUGUAUUUAUUAAAUGGCACAUGGUUUCCAAAUUCGAACAGAUAAAUUAAACAUUUAAUAAAAACACAAAUUCAUGUAAAUGAAAUGUAAAUGCUUCAAACCUUCAAAGCACUUUUAAAAUAUCCUAAUAUUUGACUGCAUUUGUUUGUUAAGACGCUUCCCAAACUUUACUGAAAGGGUAAUGUCACGAGGUGGAAAUAUGACAGGUUCUUUUGGAUCUGCGUUGAGCAGGCAGAAGUAGGAAACAAGGGACUAGUUUCACCAUUUAAUAAAUAAUAAGUAAUGGUUUACACGUUUCCCUUUUCAGCAGUGGCCUUUCUCAUGGCCCAGGAACAUUUACAAACCAUGCAAUUUAAAAUGACACUAACAAACAAAUCAAAGUAACCAAAAGGCACAGGAAGUGGGGCAGUCCAGGAGGCAGGUGUCCAUCUUGUUUUCGUCAAACUCACAAGAAUCCAUUUCCCCUCCAUGUUCCCAGAAACCACUAUCCCACUGGGCAC